CCUGUCAAUCCGAGUUGUAGAGGCAAGCCCUACGCAGUGCGAAGUGUCGCAUCUACUUUUCACACUAACGACGCAGCAAUCUUAAACCCAUCGUCCCCUUUCUUCGUAAGUAUCGCCUCCUCAACCUCGGUUAGGUGCUUGGUUCUAUAUUACUCUGCCAUUUUCUCCUCAGUUUCACCGCCGCUUCUCCUCUACAAAUCCCUCCGCACCUCCACAAUUCCUGCCUCACUUCUUGGAUUUGGGUUUUUCACUGUUUUUCUCUCUCAAUGGCUUCUUUCACCGUCCCUUCUCCCAAGACCUCCGCUUUCUUGACUGGCUCCGCUUCCUCCGCCCAGACCCGCCAGCUUCUUCCGCCCCAGAACUCCGUUUCUUUCCGAUCUGGUUCGAGAUCCGGGCCCGCAUUGCAGGGUGGUUUUAAGGUGCGUGCGCAGAUCAGUGAGGUUGCUGCCAUUGAGAAAUCAGCGAAUUCUAAGCCAGUUGCAGAGAAAAAGACUGAUGAAGAAAUUCCCAAAACUGAGAAGACUAUCCCAGAUGCUUCCUCAAUUUCAGCAUUCAUGUCUCAAGCAGCCCAGCUUGUUGAGCUUGUGGAUUCAAGAGACAUUGUUGAGUUGAAGCUAAAGCAGAAUGGCUGUGAAAUCGUUAUAAGGAAGAAGGAAGCGUUGCAGCAAAACGUUGCACCUGCUCCCGUUGUGAUGCAACAGCCUGCAUUCCCGCAGGCCUAUGCUCAGCCCCAGCUGCCUCCUCCUGCUGCUCCCGCUCCAGCUGCUGCUGCUGCUAAAGUGGUGCCUGCCCUUCCGGCCCCUUCGAAGCCAGCGUCAUCUCAUCCUCCAUUUAAGUGUCCCAUGGCGGGAACAUUUUACCGCUCCCCUGCCCCAGGGGCACCAGCUUUUGUGAAGGUAGGAGACAAAGUCCAAAAAGGGCAAGUAAUUUGCAUCAUUGAGGCAAUGAAACUGAUGAAUGAAAUUGAGGCUGAUCAAUCUGGGACUAUAGUCGAGAUAGUAGCUGAAGAUGGCAAGCCUGUCAGUGUGGACACACCCUUGUUUGUCAUUGCGCCCUGAAGAACAGAGUGAAUGCUUCUGAUAGGAUCAUAGGUGGGAAGCGCACCACGAGUUGUUCCAAAAGUAGUGCAGCUGUACUAUCAUCGUAUUUAUAAAUUGUAUUUGAUUAUUUUGGUAUUACAAAUUUUGGAACAGAUCAAGUGAUAUAAAGAUUGUGGAUUAUUCUCUUCUGUUUUUUACUUGUAUGAUUAUCCCUC